CCCGGCACAAGAAGAGGCUUCACACAUCUAAUACAAGCCUUAAAUCGAUAGCUACUCGCCCAGUAUCCUCGACAACUUUACUUUCCAUAAUGCAGAUCAAGUUCUUGUUUGCCUUCUUCGCCGUCCUGAUGAUGGUCGUCCUGGCAGCCCAUGAAGCGGAGGCCGACUGUCUCUCCGGAAGAUACGGAGGUCCUUGUGCUGUUUGGGACAACGAUACCUGCCGACGUGUUUGCAGGGAGGAGGGUCGAUCCAGUGGACACUGCAGUCCCAGCCUCAAAUGCUGGUGCGAAGGAUGUUAGCAGGACUUAAAUAUAUUAUAACUGACACGGAACAUAAAUAAAUGCAUUAUUUUUAUUCAAAAAA